AUGCGUAGCCUCGAGGAGGCCAGAGCAUGCUGGCCUGAGCUACAACGCCACGCGUCGCUGCGUGAUCUCAAGGACGCUGUCCGCCUGGACGGACGCUCCUCAAUCGCAACCAACGGACUUCGGUCCGCCUGUUGGAAGGCUUUUCUGCUCUUCGAUAGUGUCGACGUGGCGGAGUGGCAGAAGACUCUUGCAGCCUCGCGCUCGGCGUACAACUCACUCAAGUCGCACUUCUUCCGGUACAUCGACAACCCUGACGACGUUGGCACCGGCUUCGAUCCGCUGAGUCAGGAGACAGAGACUUCUCCCUGGUCUCGUGUCCAUAAAGAUGAGGAACUUCGGGCUGAGAUCCUGCAAGAUGUUGAACGUUGUAUGCCAGAAUCGGCUUAUUUCCGCCAACUUGAGACGCAAAGAACGCUUACAGACAUACUAUUCGUGUUUUGUAAGCUCAACCCAGAUGUCAGCUAUCGGCAAGGAAUGCACGAGCUCGCCGCUCCAAUACUGUGGGUAGUUGAAAACGACGCAGUCGACAUCGGAGAAGGCAGCAAGACCCUGGGCCAAGACAGCACGAUCAAAGCUCUAUUCGAUGCUGACCACAUAGAACAUGACACGUUUGCGCUCUUUGGUCAAGUCAUGCAAAGUGCAAAGACAUUCUACCUAUCUGAAGGCCCGGUAUCAAUCGCAUCAAGGAGUCGCCACAUCUUCAGCGAACUGCUGCCACAGGUUGAUCCUGACUUGGUCAAGCAUCUGGAAGGUCUCGACAUAGUACCUCAGGUCUUUCUCAUCAGAUGGAUCCGCCUUUUAUUCGGCCGAGAGUUCGAGUUUGAGGACGUUCUCAGCCUGUGGGAUAUCAUAUUUGCCGAGGACAACACCCUGGAGAUGGUCGAUUACGUGUGCCUGGCCAUGCUUCUACGAAUACGCUGGCACUUACUAGACGCUGACUACAACAACGCUUUGGGACUUCUGCUCAAGUAUCCCGAGCAAGACAAAGAGUUCCCAGCCCAGACAUUGGGAUUGGACGCUCUGUACCUGGAGUCUCAUUUGUCGAAAGACGGUGGCAGUUACCUCGUGUUGAAGUAUACCGGUCGGCCUUUGGCCUCUGGACGACCCAGCACGCCACCCGCCCUCCAGAGGAACAUCACCGCUUUCAGUGGCGUGAAUGCCAUCAGGAGUGCAGGCCACCGUCCGGCAUUAUCUCCUUCUCGUGCUGUGGGUCAAUCGAGGAACAUCGAGGCUAUUCUACAGUCCACAGCCAAAAACAUCUACGCUCGUGGGGGAAAGCUUGGCAUUGGCAAGGCGGUUCGUAGUGCCGUCGACGAGGUUCAUAAGAAGGCCCAGGAGAUGCGGGAAGCGCAGACCCCAUCGCCACCCCCAUGGCGGCGGCCCAACACCAGUGACCCAGCCGUAAGCAGAGUCCUUAAUAUUGAGCUUCGGAACAAGAAGCUUUCGGGGCUGCUUGCGGGUGCCGUUGGUGAGUUGUGGGAAUACCAAAGGUUAGUGACGGAAAAUGGGAAGGGCAGCGAGAAAGCCCUCCGAGACGAGACAGUUGAGAAACUCAGCACAGCGAUUGCCAAAGUGCAGUUUGUGCAAGUUUACCUCGAUCAACCGACCUUAGCACUUCCCGAGGACGAUGUUCCGGAUACAACUACAGACCACGAGGUUUUAGCCGAUCGAGGGAAGCAGAGUCACACGGUGGAGCUAGAAGAUGAUGGGCGUACAAUCGUUCUUCCGGUGACGACUUCAAGCAGUGAUCCGGCCGCUGUUGCUGACGAUACGAAAGCUUCAGCAUUGGCAGAUCCUUCCACGUUCGAAGGCUUCUCGGAGUCAACAGACAAGCCUGACUCCUCAAAGUAUCGUCAUCAAGAUAGGACCCAACAAACACUUGGCCAUUCAGACCGCGUUCCGUUGGACGCAGACAAUACAUUGGGCAGCCCGGUACAGCUCAAGCCUCGACCGCGGCUAGAUCAGAGCUCAUUCUCUUUCAUGCUCGGCCAAGAGAAAGAUUCGGAAACACCCGCCAGAGCCGCGCACAACCGCAACAUAUCUGGCGGGUCUCUUUUCGGCGAGAACGAGCGAUCAACAAAGCUGAGUACAAACAGUAAAGAAACCGGGCCUGCUUCUGACAACGAAGACUUCGACCUAGGGAGCCUCAGAAGGGCGAGAGGUGCAAAGAAAUGA